UUCGUGUGAUCCGGGCUUUGGCACAGACCAGACGCUGCUGCUGUCGCCAUGUGAUCCGAGGCCCGGGCUGAGCAGGUGCUGCUCCCCGGGGUCUGUGCUGGGCGGGAUCCUGGCAUUAAUCUCUCCCUGCCCGGCCGUGGGGGGGAGGGGCGGCUUUCUCCAGCUCGGACCCGCCCCCUGGGCAGCCCAAGGCCGGAGCCCCCCGCUUGUGCCAGAAUCCUGGGAGCAUUCCCCAGCUACGCCCAGUCACCGUGAUAACUUUCUAUCCACUUAUCAUACACUGCUGCUGAACGAUGUCCAUGUUUCGCUCCAGCUCAUCCCAUCCUCCCGUGGGACAGGGGAGAGAAAUGGCUGCAGAGGAGCCAGUUCAGAGGCCGGUGACCUUCGAGGAGGUGGCUGUGUAUUUCACCAGCGAAGAGUGGGCUCUGCUGGACCCUACUCAGAGAACUCUCUACAGAGACGUCAUGCAGGAGAACUAUGAGAAUGUGACCUUGCUGGGGUUUCCAGUUUCCAAAACAGAUGUGAUCUCCCAGCUGGAACAAGGAGAAGAGUCAUGGGUCCCAGACCGCCAGGGUUCAGAGGAAAGAGAGAUCCUGAGAGCUCCCUGCACAAGUGAGGAAACAUUAAACCAACUCAGAAUCUCAGGUGAUGCAAUGGUAUGUGAGAAAGAGGAGCAGAAUUCUCAGCACAAAAACGUACAGCAGGUGGAGAAACACAGAGAAUUAUCACAAAGAUUGAAACGGAAUGUGUCCAGCAGUCAUGAGCAGGGGAAAUCCUGUGAGAUUCAUCAGGGAAACCAGCCAGGGGAGAAAGUGGAUAAAUUUAUUUCCUGUCGGGGAAUUCAGAAGGGCCUCAAGGAAACCACAACACAGCAGGAAUUCCUCAGAGGAAAGAGGAAAAAUACAUGCACUGAGUGUGGGAAAAACUUCACUCAAAGAUCAGCCCUUUCUCAACAUCAGAGAAUCCACACAGGGGAGAGGCCCUAUGAAUGCCACGAGUGUGGGAAAACCUUCAAUCGCAGCUCGCACUUUAUUAGGCAUCAGAGAAUCCACACAGGGGAGAGGCCCUACAAAUGCAGUGAGUGUAGGAAAUGCUUCACUCACAGCUCCGCCCUUUCUCAACAUCAGAGAAUCCACACAGGGGAGAGGCCCUAUGAAUGCAGUGAGUGCGGGAAAACCUUCGCUCAAAGAUCAGGCAUUUUUCAACAUCAGAGAAUCCACACAGGGGAGAGGCCCUACAAAUGCAGUGAGUGUAGGAAAUGCUUCACUCACAGAUCAGACCUUACUAAACAUCAGAGAAUCCACACAGGGGAGAGGCCCUACAAAUGCAGUGAGUGUAGGAAAUGCUUCACUCACAGAUCAGACCUUACUAAACAUCAGAGAAUCCACACAGGGGAGAGGCCCUAUGAAUGCAGUGAGUGUGGGAAAAACUUCACUUACAGAUCAGGCCUUUUUAACCAUCAGAGAAUCCACACAGGGGAGAGGCCCUAUGGAUGCAGUGAGUGUGGAAAAAGCUUCACUAACAGCUCAGCCCUUUCUGAACAUAAGAGAAUCCACACAGGGGAGAGGCCCUAUGAAUGCAGUGAGUGUGGGAAAACCUUCAAUCGCCGCUCAAACGUUAUUAGGCAUCAGAGAAUCCACAAAGGGGAGAGGCCCUACGAAUGCAGUGACUGCAGGAAAACCUUCACUCAAAGAUCGCGCUUUUUUCACCAUCAGAAAAGCCACACAGGUGAGAGAACCUAUGAAAGCAGUGAGUGUGGGAAUACCUUCUCUUAGCACUCAGCCAUGUUAGCCAUUAGAGAAUUUGCAAGAGAUAUGAAGACCAUAAAAAUCUCUAGGGCUAUCAGUACUUUUUUCUUUUUAAUACUUUUUGUGAUGCCCACAUAGUAACUUUUAAAACUGUUUGAACUAUUUUCAGCACCCUUAUCCCUCAGCUUAUCCAGAUGAGGGGACCAUUUUUGCUUUUUGCAGUUCUCCCUGUUUUGAGGUGGACCCAUUUGUCCUUUCUAUCAACUCCAUUGUCCCAUGAGUAAUUCAAGUGUGCCCUUCCUAUCAGGAGCCAGGGAGCAUCACAUUUAUACCAUUUCUCCUAUUACAAUGUUAGAGUAACCAGUGAUUCAGAUUGUAUCAUUACCAGUUCUCACAUUGCUCUAGGUUGUGCUGAAGAGCAGUUAUAUUGGGACCUUUUCAAAUUUAUAUUUAAAUGAAGAGGUGCAGGGGCAGGCAAAAGUGUCAUUUCAGCCUCUGUGACACCGGAAGGAGAUGGGGUGACUUAGAGAUUCGCUCCUUCCCCAUCACUGCAGAACUGUUACCUUCUGUCUGAGCCAUGCAGAGUUUGUCUUCAUCACAUUCUAUCCAUCCACUUCUCAAAGUGUCAUGUGAUGAAGUGUUCUUAGUUGUCUCUGCUUGGAGAUGAUACUUUGACUUUAUAGAUGUAUUUGAGAAAGGAAAGCAGAUGGAUUGAAAGAAGACAAAAGGACUCAGAAGGGAGUGAAUGCUUAUUGGUCCUGCCUGGUUUCAAAAACCAGUGUCCUCUUAGAGGUGAGGUGAGGCAAACAUGAGAAUCACCACACUACAGAAAUCUAAUACAGUUGGUCCUAUUUAAUAGAGCUUUCUUAGUGGCCAGUGCAUCAGCUCAAUCAGUUUUCCUUUGAAGAACAGGAAAACAAAGUGCAUCACAAACUUCUUUUUUAAUCAGAAAUAAUCAGAAAUGCUGCAAGAGCUCCUCCAAUUUGCCCAUCUCACAAGGAGACAAAGCACAGCCAAAUCUCCCAACCAACAAAGCUCACAUCUGCUCCCCUUUCCAUGGACAUUUCCCUGACAGCUCCCAGGGACCCAUUCAACAAGACAGGAAAUCCAAAUGCAGUAAAGUCAAGGGAAAGAUUUUUCCCCACAGGUUCCACUGAUGGGGAAGGGUCAUUUCAGACAGAAAAGUUCAGUCAUUUAAUGCCAGAAUACUAGGCUAUAAUAUCCUUCCCUCACCUUAUGUGGAAAGCAAGGAGAUAGUUGUGAGAACAACCACUCCUAACCAAAGAAACAGGGAACCGAACACAGAGUUUUUUGAACCCAAGAGCAGGGGGAAAGGCUUUUCAAAGGCAACCUACCCCAGGAGUGUCAGAGAAGGGAAUGACUGUUUGCCUUAGGAAGUGUCUGUGGUGGGGGGGGGGGGAGGGGGGAAACCUGCAGGUACUUAGGUCACUCCAGUCCAGCUUCUGACAAAAGCUUUUGUGGGAAAGGGCCUGGGAUAGCCGAGGAGGACAAGGAGUGGAAACAAGGUGGCUGGAGAGAAGGUGGGUACAGCAGUUUAGCUGCUUCCUAAGUGCGCAGAGCUGAUAAACCAGGAGCAGCACUAGGGGUCAGGCAAAGCUAAAGGGCCUGUCAUUGUGAAACAUACCAGCUCAAAUGAGGUGGUGUCAAAACCCCUGGCUUGGGUUCUAGGACAGAAUUGCUCUCUGCUCAGUGGGCUCUCCUGUAAGAGCAACUAGAUAGGCAGAAGAAGCGGAGAGGGUUGUGCUGCGGUAAAUGAAGGCACAGGAGGAUUGUUCCUCUGGGGAUUUCUUUUGCUCUUGUGAUCCUGCUGGAGAAACCUGAAGUGGUUUUUGAAUUUGUCAGUGCAUUACUCUGGGCUCCAGUUGUGACAGUGAGCACAGGGGGGUCCUUCAGCCUCUGUUCCCAAGUUAUAAUUAUAGGUGGUUUCUGUGGUGUAGUAGUUAUUCUGUUGGUCUAACAUGCAGAAGGUAUCUGGUUCAAAACCAGCCAGGAAUAUUGGUGCUUCUGGCUCUUUUAGUCCAAGUCUUUGUCAAAUACAUCUUAACUUCUAUGCUUUCUUCUUCAUUAGUUUUUCCUUCCAUGAAACUUUUAACAUCAAAAGGAGGGGGUAAAUCUGCAUGUUGAGGGAAGUAAUAGAUUAUUAUUUGGGAGACUACAGCUACUUAAAAAAUCUGAGCAUAGAAACGGUAGGAUCUUAAUUUAAUUUAAAAAAUCUGAAAUAAAUUUAAAUUUAAUUAAAAAUUAAAUUUAAUUAAUGAAUACACUAAUAGAUAAACUGAUUACUAAUUUAAUAUAUUUAAAUUAAAUACAAUUAAAUAAAUGUCAUUUAAUUUAAUUGCCACACAACUGUGCUCAUGAAUUAAAAUGAAACACAUUUUUUUGAUAUUUUUGGAGAAAAGUUCUGUUCCAUGUCCUGGAAUUGAAACUGGGUUAAAGAGGUAUUGUCACCAAGCUGCUAUUGCUUCUAGAUUGUCUCAGGCUACUUUCUGUCCAACUUGGGAAACUGGCCCAGUUUCUAUUCUCCUCUGGGAUCAAGACCAGAGUGUGAAUGAACCCCUGUGCUCAAUGUCACAAACUGAACCCAAUCAAAGGCACAUGAAAAUCAAAGCUUCCCACUGACUAAUAGCAGAAUGUGGGCAUGUUUCCACUGUGCACCUCAAAGUCCAGGCUGCAUGCCCUUUUACACAAAUAGACAUGUACAAAUUAUUUCCCCCCUUGCUAGAUAGCCUAACCAACAUUAUAAUAACAAUAAUAGACAUUCAAGUUGACCCAAGAUGAAAAACUGGGAGCUGAGUUAUUCUGAAAAUCUGGCUGUAGUGGCGGGUAUGAGAUCUUCUGAAAAUUCUGGCCAACUAUGUGUCUGGAACCUCUAAGAACCAUCUCAACUUUUAGCAUUUGAAAGGAUCUGAUGAAAAAGCCUUCCUUCUGUUGAACUCAGUACAGAUUUUGUCCUUGAUUUAAAAUCACCAUAUUUCACCUUGAUCCCAAGUUUAGGUUUCAACACAAUUUAUUUUAUUUUUAUAUGCAAUGCAAAACAAAUUCUCUCUAGGCAUUUGAACAGAGGGCUAUAUGUAGAUCUGCCAUUAAACCAUGUUGCCUUUCACUUUGAGCAAGACUGCAACCUGUGGUAUACAGGUGGAAGGCUAUGAAAUCUGGUUCUCCUCAGACCUCUUCAGUAGCUAGACUUCAGGAAUGGAAGAGACUAAUGAUACUUCUCUCCAGAUCGUUAAUUCUGAAGACUAGUCUAUAGAGCUGGGUGAAUGUUUUUUUGGAUGAAUAUUUUAUUUACUGAAAUAAUUUGGUGGCCCAAAAAUGAUUUAUUUUUUUAGUUUUGUUUCAACAAGAAAAUUGAAAAAAAAUAAUCUGGGAGCAACCUGAACUAUUAUUAUUAUAUAGGUUAGGCUAGCUAGCAAGCAAGGAAAUAAAUGAUUUGACCAGCUCUACUUGCAUGAAAGGUCCACAAUGGGAACAUACCUAUGUUCUGUUCUUAGGCUGUUUGAUUUUCACAUAGUCUCCAAAACCCAUCUGAGCAUGAUGAAGUAUCACUUGAGGAGACAACAAGUGAAGACGUGUUGAAAAGCUUCUUUCCCUGAAUGGAAAUCAAAUCUGGGUCACGGUGGUGAAAGCGCCAAAACGUAAAGAAUAAACUAGACCACCAGAGAGGUAACAGUGGGUGUUUUUUUUAUCACCUGUACUAGGCUUUCUCUGGCUCCUCUAUCUAAUUUUAGAACCUGGUCCUUUCUCCAUUGCCCUGAGGGGAUAAGAAUGGAGGGUGAAGGAUCCCCUGUGCUCAGCAUCACAAACUGAGCCCAACCAAAGGCUUUGACACAAACUCAAAUGAUGACAACUUCCUCCACAAGGAUCACAUGAGUAACACAAACAAACCCCAAGAAGAACAAUACUCUUCUGCUUUCAUUUAGGCCCAUCACAAGCCUCUCUUCUUCUCCUUCCUCCUACCUAGGGGCUCUUCCAGGAAAACACAUGGAGCCAAUACUAACUCUUUCCUAGAAGCCCUGGGAGGGCUUUUGAUACCACCUCACACGAGCUGACAGGAGUUAGAUUCUGUGUAAUGGGGCCCUUAGCUUUGCCUGCCCCCUAGCCUUGCUCUCUUGAGGCUCUUAAGUAGGAAAUGUCUCUUCCUGUCUCUGAGAUUUAGUAGAAGAGGAGGAGAGGACAAAUUGACAUUUCCAUCAUCCUCUGUGAGUGAGAGAGAAUUUUCUCCUCUUCUAUUCUAGCCUAGCUAAGAGAGGGGAAAAUAACCCUUCAGGAGCUGACUGUCCCCCUUCAGUGAUCUUUAGCUUCUCUACUUCUUCUUACAUUGGCUCCAGCUCUGCAUUGGGCAUAUGUGUACUUCCGUGUCAUAUCAAUCCCAGCCCUUUUUAUUGUCAUGGAGAUUGUUUCAGGCUGUGGACAGAGACAGCUCUCUGCCUAUCGACUAGAUCACAUGGUAUUCAUUUCUUGUAUAUUUCUCGAACUCGUUACUGCAUUUGUGAUGAUUUAUAAAAACCAGCCUGAGAGUAAAACAAGAUGGCAAUAAAAAUCAAUAUACUGUGCUAAAAAUACCAGUGGAACAAUAAGGAAAUUUGUAGCUCAGAACUUGCGUUAACACCAUUUGAAGACAUGCAAGAUGUUGAGUGUUCAAAAAUCUUAUGGAAAAAUGUAAUUUAAAAAGGGGAAUGUGAUGUUGUAUGUUAAAAGGAUGGGUUAGAGAGUUCCAAUUAUUAUGUUCUGAUUCCUCACACCCCUACUCUGCUUAGCCAGGAAAGUAGCGGAAAUGUGAUCAUCAGUCAAUAGAUUUCUCCGACAUGAAAAUGAUACACUAGGCUGGUUGUAGUUAGCUCAACAUAAAGAAAAGUGAGGGAAAACUGCUGGCUGGGAGCUAAAUACGCAGGACAAAGGGUUGGGAUUCUUCUACGCUCAGAUUUGCUAUAUAGCUAGCAGUCUCCCAAAUGAUGUUCUAUUCCUUCCCUCAAAAUGCAGGCUAACCCUCUCCUUUUGAACUUAAAGCUCCAUGAAAGGAAAAAAAUAAUGAGGAUGAAAGCAUAGAAGCAGUUGAGAAAAGACUUGUAGUGAGAGAAGACCAGAGAAGGGAAAGUAGUAUUGUUUCUGCCUGGUUUCAAACCAGGGACCUUUUGUGUGUUAGGCAAAUGUGAUAACCACUACACUACAGAAACCAGCAACUGUCACUUUGGGGUCCUUUCCUAAGGCUCUCUCAGGAGCCACUCCACUAGCUGAUUCCCUUUGAACAAUAGGGAAACAAAGGGUACCAAGUACUUAUGGUUUUCGGAUGAGUCAAGAAAAGGGAGUAGCAUUGUCCCCCUCGGGUAGCCCUGUUCAAUUCCAGGUUAGAAAGCAAAACUUUUCUGCAAACAUAUAAAAAAAAUGUUGUUUUUCACUUUACUUCAUAAGUACAGUUGUGUGGCAAUUAAAUGAUGACCCUAAAGUUUCAUAAAAUCAAAGAACAGUAAACAAAAAAGGGUGGGAAAUAUGGAUGUAUUUGAGGAAAGGGCUUGGAAUGAAGGAAGACAAAAAUUGAUCUGUAGAGAGAAAAGGCAGUGUUUCCCCCUGGUUUGGAACUUCUCUCGCAACUACAGUAAUAAAAGUGCUAAGCAAAUGGUGUUCUAUUGUUCCAAAGGAGAUUGAAGUGAGGCCAUUUUCUCCAGAUAGAAGAAAAUGGUCAUGUCAGGAGUGGGAUUUGAAGCCAUGUCUCUAUGCAGAGGGCAGAACAGCCAAGAGAGAGGAAAAAAGAGUCAUAAAACUGGUGGUUUAGACUAGUCCACCAUCCUAAUGCUACAAAGAAUGUGACUUAUCAACCCUAGUUUUCAUUAAUAUUUGAUGAACUCUUUAGGGAGGUCAAAAUGGCACAUCUCUUUCAUCUCCAAAAGACCUUCUAUAGCACAGCUGAUUUUUAGACACACUCACCCAGACCUAAAGUUACAGAUUUCCUGGAGCUCCAUGAGUUCUGAGGUGUUGUAAUCUUCCUGCUCACGUUUUAAGUGAACAAAAGAUGGUUGCUAGCAUUCUGAGAAAGUAAUGGUGAACCUCAAAAUCCUGCCCUGUGGGCCAGAUAGUUAAGCAACCAGCACCCACAAUCUCUACCACGAUAGCAUCCUGUCUGCAAGAACUCACUUAUCUGGGGUCUGAAAUCCUCAUUUCUUUGUUGUUCUGUCACUGUAGUCCCCACUUCCCUAUUGUUUGUCUGUAUAAUCUCUGUCUGGUUCUGUGAUUGUUUCUGUCUGCUGU